UUUGGUGAGUGAAUGCGCAGUGAUUUUCAGUGCUUAGAAAUCGCUUUGCAAAUGUCUCUGAAAUCCAUACUACACUUAUUGGAAAAGGUGCCCAGGUUUCAACUUAAAACUUUUUGAAACUUCGAUUCCUGGAGGUUUUUUUUUUUUUUGGAAAGAAAUUUGUUUUGAUUUCUUCGGGAAAGUUUGGGAAGAUAUGCGCGUUUCCACACUGGUCAGUGGGUCCUGGCCAAGCGGAAAAACAACCCAUCUCCUCUUAUUUAUCUUCUCCAGGCUUGGAUAGCGAGUUUCUUUCAGUAUUUGGAUGCGCAGUGUGACGUGUGGAUGAGUUUAGACGAGUUCAGAUUCGUGCGUUUGGGAGUUUUUACGCGCACUUGACGCGUCUUGAGCGCUUGGGUCAGAUACGUGAUUACUGUUUAUGAUAGACUUUUUUUUUUGAGUCUUUGCCUGUUGAAUUGAACUGAAAGAAAGCAUGGACCCGAGCCAGCAUAACCCUCCAGCAGGACACCAGGUGGUCCAUGUCCGUGGAGACUCGGAGACGGAUCUGGAGGCGCUCUUUAACGCCGUGAUGAACCCCAAAAGCGCCGCUGUGCCUCCAUCCGUGCCAAUGAGGUUGAGGAAGCUGCCAGACUCCUUCUUUAAACCACCAGAGCCUAAAUCUCACUCCAGACAGGCGAGCACAGAUGCAGGCACGGCCGGUACGCUUACUCCACAGCAUGUCAGAGCACACUCCUCGCCUGCUUCCCUGCAGCUGGGUGCCGUCACUUCCGGCACGAUGAGCACCCUGACCCCGGCAGGCACCUCCCCACAGCACCUGCGCCAGCCCUCAUACGAGAUCCCAGAUGAUGUGCCCCUGCCUCCAGGCUGGGAGAUGGCCAAGACCCCGUCUGGCCAGAGAUACUUCCUUAAUCACAUUGACCAGUCAACCACCUGGCAGGACCCUCGCAAGGCCAUGCUCCAGAUGAACCAGACAAACUCAGCCAGUCCUGUCCCCGUCCAGCAGCAAAACCUCCUGAACCCGGCCUCAGGUCCUCUUCCCGAAGGCUGGGAGCAGGCUAUCACAGCAGAGGGAGAGAUCUACUACAUCAACCACAAGAAUAAAACAACGUCUUGGCUGGACCCACGGCUUGACCCGCGCUUUGCUCUGAACCAGCAGCGAAUUACUCAGAGUGCUCCAGUAAAACAGGGCACCCAGCUGCCCUCCAGCCCCCAGAACCCGCCCGUCAUGGGAGGGAACAGCCAGUUGAGACUGCAGCAGCUGGAGAAAGAGAGACUGAGACUUAAACACCAGGAGCUGCUCCGCCCUAGACCACAGGAACUGGCUUUGAGGAACCAGCUGCCCACUAGCAUGGAGCAGGACAGCGGCACUCAGAACCCGGUGUCGUCCCCUGGCAUGGGACAGGACGGCCGCAGCAUGACCACAAACAGCUCAGACCCCUUCCUCAACAGCGGGACGUAUCACUCCAGAGAUGAGAGCACAGACAGUGGCCUGAGCAUGAGCAGCUACAGUGUCCCUCGCACUCCAGACGACUUCCUGAACAGUGUAGAUGAGAUGGAGACAAGCGACUCCCUCGGCCCUGCGUCCUUGGCAACCCAGCCGAGCCGCUUCCCAAACUACCUGGAUGAAAUCCCAGGCACUGAUGUGGACUUGGGCACCCUGGAGGGCGAGAGCAUGGCGGUGGAGGGCGAGGAGCUGAUGCCGAGCCUGCAGGAAGCGUUGAGCUCUGACAUCCUGAAUGACAUGGAGUCUGUGCUGGCUGCAACCAAGAUCGACAAAGAGAGCUUCCUGACCUGGCUAUAGAUCAUCUUUAACACACACUCUCCGUGCCUCCACUCUCUUCACACUGAACUGCUGCCUAGGCCAAUCUGUGAAGGAUGUGUAUAUGCUUCGAGGUGUUUUGGUGUGGUUUUAUUUCCCCCUCUCUUUUUUUUUUUUCUUUUUUUUUGAGACAUUUCACACUAUCAGACGUCGAUUACGUUUUUUUAUUUUUUUUUUUUGCCCACUCACCUUAACAUUAAUCACGGCUGGACUGGUUUUCAUAAUAUAUAUAUACCACACAUGGCCGAACUGGUUUUAAAAGCAGAUUUAAUUUCUUUUAUCCUUUUCCCCUUCCAUUACCUUUUUUUUUUUUUUUUUUUUUUUUCACGUCUGCAUCCUCAAGGCUGGCCCAUGGACAGACAAUUAUUCACCUACUCUACUUAUACACUCGUAUAUGGCAUUGACAAAGUGUUGAACCCUGAACCCUCAUCCUUCUCGUAUACGACCUCAUCCUCUGCCUCAAGCACAGCCCGAACUGCAGCUUCCCUCCUUCCUUCGUUCACUACAAGCUUGGCAAACCAAAAAAAAAACAAAAAACACUCCCGAAGGCUGCUUGCAUGUGUGUGGAAUAUAAUGAGAUGUCAUUGAGCUUGAGAUUGAGAUCUUGAGGGCUGAACAUGUUGCUUUAGGAAGGCGGAUCCCCCUGCUCGGCUGUGCCAGCAUAUUGAACUGUAAUCCGUACAAGUGCCUUCGGUUCGAUCUCUUAGCGCAGCAGUUCAAACACUACUUUUUAACACUAUAUAUAUUUUUCGGACAAUUCUGACCGUGCUCUUUGUUUUUUUUUCUAUUUACAGUUUUCAUUAAUCGAAAAUGUCUUUUAAAGUUUAUAUAAAAAAUGCAUUUUGUUGGAUUUUUAUGAACUACUUUAACCUCAGUCUUAUUUAAGACUGAUUUUUUUUUUUCCCCCCCACCACCAUGUAUGAUAGAUCAUUUUCUUGUCUCACGGUAACUGGUGUGUUAUCUAAAACGGUUGCCUUCCAGCAUGUCGCCGUUUGAUUAAUCAUCACAGAAUAGAUAGAACCGAUUAUCUCCAUGACCUAGUGCUCAGCAGCAACGAUCAGAUUCGGAGAGCUGUUUUCGCACGUCGAGACGUAGGAUUUCAAUCAUUAUUAAUGUAUUUUUGCAUAUUCGGUGACAGUAUCAUUCAAAAGCAAGGAGAAGAAUGCCAGGAAGUUUUAUCGGCGAGGAAGAUGAGGAAUGAGCGAAUGAGGAUGGACGCCCGUCUGGCGUCGAAGCGAUCGAAGAGAUGGAUUUGCUAUGUUUUAAACUGGAUAAAUAAGCAUGUCGUGAGGGUUUGUGGUUUAAAGCGGCGGAUAGCUGGUACUUGGUUCGGUAAUCACGAUUAAGCGUAAUAGAUUUUAACAGAAACAAUCAGCCAGGAUUUGUCAGGAUUUUUAUUUGCUUUUGACGAAGCUUCCAAAGAGUGUAACAAGUUGUUUUUUUUAUUUUUUUUUAUCUCUUUUUUAAAAAAACAAGUAAGUAAUUUAUCCUAUUCUUUGUGUGUAUACAUGUAGCAUAAGCUAAUGAGAGAAUGUCCAACUGAUGAUUAGUCAGUGGAUCUGUGAUAUGUGACGGUCACAAAUCUCCCAUACUUACACAAUGAACAAGUUAUUCACCUGUUGUCAGUCGUUUACAUUGUCGCAGACCGAUAGAACACUACAGACGAUAGAUGCUUUAUAUAGAGACACGAUGUGUAUCUUUAAAAUGUUUACAAGAUUAUUACCCCUCCUACACGCUACUCAGAAGACGUCGAUCCUACAAUUUUAAAUGUGAUUUUUUUUAUUUUUUAAAAGUAAAUGUUUGCUAAUGAACUACAGUUUAUAUCGAGUAAACUUGAACAAGGCCCGUGCUGAUAACGGCUCAUGCGAUUAUAUAUCUAUUUAAGUGUCAACACUACAGGGAGAAACGAUCCUCACUUCCGUUUCCGAGUCAACUAACAAAAAGUAGAUGUUAAGUUUUUAAUGGGACGUCUGUUUGUUCUCUCAUUCAGAAUUUCUAAUUUAAAAGAAAAAAAAAGAUCUCAGAGACAGUGAUAAAAUGGAAGAAAAUAUUAUAUGAAAAUUGAAUAUCAGCACCUGCCUUAUGUGAACAAACCUGUGAUCGAACAAUACCGCUGUGACCCGAGCAAAUAAUGGACAAAAAUCCCAAGUAGUUAUGUUUAGAAUAGUAUCUAUUUUUACAGAAGCGUGAUUGUUGAUGGACACUAGUUGGAUUAAGCAGUGUUUAAGAUAGCAAUGCAACAAAAUCAUUUUUAUAAAUUGUUGGUACAGUGCUUGUAAUGCAUGUUUAACAGAACAUUGCUUAAAAUGUGUGUCACUUAAACAUGAUUUUAUUCGUAGUUAGUGUCCGACUCUGAGUAUAUAACUUUUUUUUUUGUAGCAUUAGUACUAAUCACUCAAGUUAAAGGAUUGGUAUUUAGAUAUCUCUAAAUGCACACAGAAUGAAUUUAUAUUCAUUUAUGAUGAUCUGUUGUUUUUUUUUCUUUCCUUUUUUUUUUUUUUUUUUAAAAAAAAAAUAGAUUUAUGUGCAUGUAUCUUAGAACCUUAUGUUCUGUUACAUUCUAUCCCUUUGCAUAAUGGAUAUAAAUGGAUGGGACUGUAAUAAAAAAUAUAUACUUUGUUGUA